GGCCAGCUCGCCGCGCAAGCGCAGUGGGCCGGACUCGCCAUGCCGACUGUCAGCCUGAAGCGCGAUUUGCUCUUCCGAGCUCUGGGCCGGACCUACACUGACGAAGAAUUUGAUGAACUAUGUUUUGAAUUUGGUCUGGAACUUGAUGAAAUUACAUCUGAGAAGGAAAUUAUAAGUAAGGAACAAGGUAAUGAAAAGGCACAGGGGGCCUCUGAUGUUGUUCUCUACAAAAUUGAUGUUCCUGCCAAUAGAUAUGAUCUCCUGUGUCUGGAAGGAUUGGUUCGAGGACUUCAGGUCUUCAAAGAAAGGAUAAAGGCUCCAAUGUAUAAACGGGUAAUGCCUAAUGGAGAAAUCCAGAAAUUGAUCAUCACAGAAGAGACAGCUAAAAUACGCCCGUAUGCUGUUGCAGCAGUUCUCCGAAACAUAAAGUUUACUAAAGAUCGAUAUGAAAGCUUCAUUGAACUUCAGGAGAAGUUACAUCAGAAUAUUUGCAGGAAAAGAGCCUUGGUUGCUAUUGGUACCCAUGACUUGGACACUUUGUCAGGCCCAUUUACUUAUACUGCGAAGAAACCUUCCGAUAUCAAAUUCAAGCCUCUAAAUAAGACCAAGGAGUAUACAGCCUGUGAACUGAUGAACAUAUACAAGACUGACAACCACCUUAAACAUUAUUUACAUAUAAUUGAAAAUAAACCUCUGUAUCCGGUUAUCUAUGAUAGCAAUGGUGUCGUCCUUUCAAUGCCUCCAAUCAUCAAUGGACAUCAUUCCAAAAUAACAGUAAAUACUAGAAAUAUAUUUAUUGAAUGCACAGGGACUGAUUUUACUAAGGCAAAAAUAGUUCUUGAUAUCAUUGUUACCACGUUCAGUGAAUAUUGUGAGAAUCAAUUUACGGUUGAAGCAGCUGAGGUAGUUUUUCCUAAUGGAAAAUUACAUACCUUUCCAGAACUGGCUUAUCGAAAGGAGAUGGUGAGAGCUGAUCUAAUUAACAAAAAAGUUGGGAUCAGAGAAACUCCAGAAAAUCUUGCCAAGCUUCUGACCAGGAUGUGUUUAAAGUCAGAAGUCAUAGGCGAUGGGAAUCAGAUUGAAAUUGAAAUCCCUCCAACCAGAGCUGACAUUAUCCACGCCUGUGAUAUCAUAGAAGAUGCAGCUAUUGCUUAUGGAUAUAACAACAUUCAGAUGACUCUCCCGAAAACAUACACCAUAGCUAAUCAAUUUCCUCUAAAUAAACUCACAGAACUCCUGAGACACGACAUGGCAGCUGCUGGAUUCACUGAGGCACUUACCUUUGCUCUGUGCUCCCAAGAAGAUAUUGCUGAUAAACUGGGUUUGGAUAUCUCUGCAACAAAGGCAGUCCUCAUAAGUAAUCCUAAAACAGCUGAAUUUCAGGUGGCACGCACUACCCUUCUUCCUGGCCUCCUAAAGACCAUAGCUGCGAAUCGGAAGAUGCCCCUGCCUCUGAAACUGUUUGAAAUCUCUGACAUUGUAAUAAAAGAUUCUAGCAGAGAUGUAGGUGCAAGAAACUACAGGCAUCUCUGUGCUGUUUAUUACAACAAGAAUCCUGGGUUCGAGAUAAUCCAUGGGCUUCUGGACAGACUCAUGCAGCUACUUGAUGUGCCUCCUGGCGAAAAGAAGGGAGGAUAUGUGAUCAAAGCAUCAGAAGGCCCUGCAUUCUUCCCCGGGCGAUGUGCUGAGAUCUUUGCCCGGGGUCAGAGCAUCGGGAAGCUGGGGGUCCUUCAUCCUGAUGUCAUCACCAAAUUCGAGCUGACCAUGCCCUGCUCCUGCGUGGAAAUCAACAUUGAGCCGUUUUUGUGAAGACGGGUCUCUGUUGUGUGGUUCUCGCCCCGAAGGUCCCUCUCUCCUCCUAGGUGCCCUUUAGUUGUCCCCACAGUAAGUCAGUCCACUUGUGCUUGUGCAUUAAUGUUGAAUAAAGUAGAAAGCAGUGUCUGGCUCCGUGGGUGGUACUGCCAUCCCCGCAUCAGGCCAGCUUGUACGUGAGAGCCCAGUGGGGGGCCAGGAGCUGUUCUGAGAAACAGAGAAGCUCUCCACCCAUCAGAGCCUCUCACCAUCACGUCUGCAGGACAGAAUCCUGUUCUUUUCCCUGAUGAAAUGAGAUAGCUGAUUAGAGCACACGUACGAGAUUAACUAAGAAUUUUUAGUUCUUAUUUUCUAUGUUUGAUGCAUGUUCAUCACUGGGAAACAAUAACAGCAUUUUUAGAAAACUUUUAAGAAUUAGUGAUGGUGUAAUAGUUACAGCCUUUGAAGUCAUCUUAAAGUGAAAGAAAAAUGCACAUAUAUUCAAAGUAUUUGAGGGUGCAUCGGUAUUGGCUACUCUGUGAUACUCAGAGAUGGGGUUUGUGGACACACAGCACAGAUUCAUUCUGCUAGAAGAGUUAAAAGGGACACACUGGUACCAGUGCACUAUGAACAUUAGGAAACAAUGAAGAACUUAUUUUUGUCCUAGGCCAUACAUUUUAUUGUUGUCAGUGUUAUAAAAUCAUGGCUUUAAAUAAUUAAUAUAGCUACUAGUUUCUGUCUUAUUUUAUACAGAGGUAUUAGGUCUCUCCUUCUCUGAAGCUAAGCUUCUGCCUUGUCUUAACCUCCUAAUUUACUUUAAUACUUUGAUCUAGAAUCCUCCAGUAGGUACCAUGUAUUGAAAAAAGCUGGGUGUAAUGUUUGAGAAAAGUUCUGUUACUGUUGAGAUGAUAUGAAACACAAUAAACUGUAAAAACAACUUCAAAGUAAGUCCCUGUAGAAAUAGCUAAUAAGGAUAGACAAGAAUUUUGUAUAUGGAGCUUUUGCUGCACCUAAUACUAAUAUUACUACCUUGAAUCAGGGCAGCAAUGUCCAGCUUAGCAAGAUUUGUGAAUGUACAGACUGCCAUCUCCUCCUUCCCAAUCCCAUUGUAAGCUGAUCCUUACAUUUCAGUAAUGAAGUGAGAUACGCCCAUUAAAAAUAAUGCUCGUCAGAA